UGGAACAAUAUGCAAUAUGCGUGCUUCUGUUGUAACUUUCUCCUUCUCUGCAAUAGAAGACAUAUUCGUUUGUUGUGUUCUGCUCAACAUCGCAAAUAUGAUUCCAGAAAAUGAAGUCAGGAGAUCACGGUCAUCACCAGCCAAGGCUGUGGUGCAUGCCACAGGAACGCCCACACGGACACCAUCGAAGUCAACCACGGCUAUCGGCAUGCAACCUACCGCCGGCAGGGACUCUUCUUUUACUGGAAAGCAAGAGGCUCGAGCACCUACGCGGACACCACCAAGGACACCAACGAAGUCGACCUCGGCCACCAACGCGAAAACUACCGAAGGCAGGGGCUCUUCAAAUGUUAUAUUGCAAACUGCGGUCUCACCUGCAAGGACACCAUCGCUGACACCAACUAGACCUACCUCGCACGCAAAAGCCAAGACUACCGAAGGCUCUCCUGCCUGCGCCAAGGAAACGAGUGGGACGCCGAACCUGACACCAGGAGGAUCAACCUUCGACAUGAAGGGGCAAGCUAACGUCACCCCUGAGCCCGAAGACUUGACGAAAUUUCGGGAUUCGGCACUGCUCAAGUCUCUUUCAUCUCACCUGGCUGAGCGCAGUCUCUCCAGCCCAACAACCUCCCGCCGAGUGCCCAAUUACACCUUUGUCAUUAUCACACUUGCCGUCUUACUCUUCGCCUUUGGCUACCUCUACUUUGCUUACUUUGCUCGAUAUGUUGUCCAUGAGCAAAGACUUCCACUGUGCGAAACGAAAGCCUGCGCUACUUACAGAGGCAUGCUCGAAACUUCGAUGAAUUUAGGGGUAAAUCCCUGCGACAAUUUCUAUCUAUACGUCUGCGGCACGUGGGAAAAGAACCGUAACGUUCCGAUGUACAAGCAACACUUAGAGCGGUUCUUCAAGAACCUCUUCAACAAGCUAGAAGAGACGGUUCCAUCUCAGCAUCAGAACGCUGUUCAGAAAGCUGUACGUUUUUUCCAGUCGUGCAGAAUUGCUGCAUUUGCCAGCAGACCUAAGGGUGGAGAGUAUGAGGUACUGAGGGACAUCUGGACCAAAUGCGGGAUUUACUGGCCACACAUAAACAAGGACGCAAAUAUCCCGAAGACACUCAUUUGCAUUUUUGAGGCCUUCUACAUGAGCAACGUCUUAGGCAUUGCGAAACGGCAUGACACUCUGCUCCCAUAUGUAUUUCCAGGUGAAGAUAUGAUCCGACAACACCAGUAUAGUCUACAGAUCAAGCAAGUGAAUCGAUACCAUGAAUAUUAUGAGGGCUUGAGAGACCUCAUGAAAAGUGCAGAUUCCACAAAGGAAGAUGACCAAGCCUACGAUGACUUUGUCCGUGUCGAAAAUACUAUCAGGGAACAGCUCCUGAAAGAAAUUCGGGUCUCUUCGGAAACGGUGCGAAUGAAUUUGAGUCAGCUGGCUGAACUCACGCCUAAUAUAAGUGAACUCAGAUGGGAACAGGUCUUCAAGUCAGAGUUUCAUCUAGAACACACACCAGUGGACGUUUGCAAUACAGAAUACAUAAAGGGGUUUAAUAAAGUGCUUGGAAUAAUUGGCGAAGUCGAACUACAUCGUUACAUCGGUUGGAUAAAUGUCCAGCAGAUGGCGCCAUACGUCAAUCGCAAAUUCUUCUCAGUCUACGCGGGAAGAAACGACAUAACUGUCGCGGACCUUCAGACCUGUUUGUACCGGACUGAAUCGUACAUGGGUUGGGCAACCUUCGGAAGCUACGCAACUCAGUAUUUCGACACUAACACUCGUGAAGACAUGCAUCAUAUAAUUCGUUCCAUUAGCAGGACUGUGUCCCAGAAACAGCCCUGUUGUACAACGGAAAUGGAGAACCAAUCAGACGUGGGCUCGACCGUACAGCGGAGCUUGGACGAACUCCUAUUUUAUGCUGACAGGUUUGGCGACCCGCAAGCCAUGGAUGUUAUACUCUCCAAUAUCAGCGACAUGGGAAACCACGUCCUGCUUAACUGGAUGGACGCGUCCAAGGGUUUCACUAAAAUCGAUUACGAUCUCUUCGGUUCCAUUAGCAGCUCUUUUCAGCCGCAAAUGCAACAGACAUAUUACACGUUCUUUAAUAGCAAUGAAAAGCGCUUCUUGAUGCCACCUUAUGCUGCGAUGCUACCACUCUACCACAAGAACAUCAGCAAUGCGGUCAAGUAUGGUGCUUUGGGGUCUCUGGUAGCGGACGCUGCUACAAAACUCCUGUACGACAACUACUUAUUUCUACCGCAAAAGUGGCGAUGUUUCAGUGACUCUGUAGACGGUGUUAGAAACGACACGGAGGCCGCGGCUUUGUCGUUGCACUUGGCCUGGAAAGCAUUCCAGAGCGUGGCUGCUACGGGAACUCGUCCACUACAGACGCUGUCGGACGCGCAGCUGUUUUUCGUGGCCGCCUGUCUGCUAAUGUGCGGCGAUGGGACCGAUGGGACACGUUUCGUUCAUAAGUGCAAUGAACCAUUGAAGCGCAGCGUGGCGUUCUCCGAGGCGUUUUCCUGCCCACGAAAUUCACCGAUGAAUUCCGAAGAAAAAUGUGUUUUCUUCUAGUGUGAUAUGGGAGCACCUCUCUCUGUGUAUUGUAUAUAAUGUUUCAGCAACGCUAUUUGUAAAAGGCCAGCGAAAAUAAUACAGCCAUGCUUACGUAGCAAAAGCAACAUGC